CAUGUGGCCAGAGUAGUUUGGAAGUCCGAACAUGGCAAGCUCCGAUGAAGAUGAAGAUUUAUUGAACAUGGAUGCCAAUAGCGUAGCGCUCUUCUGCAAUCGAGUAGCCUCAAUUGGAAUUCAUCUGACACAGUCCCAAAAAUUUCGCCAUAAAUUAUUCAGCAUAGGAUAUGGCUGCUUUCUCAAUUCUCGUGAAUCAAUGCAGCCAAUGAUAGCCCCUGGAGGAAGAGGAUGAUGAUAAUGGGAACAUCAGGGCAUUCCCUGUUUGGUUUCCUGCUCAGUUGCUUGGCAUUGGCUUUUCUACUUCUUAUUCGAGCUCAGGAUCAGUCAGGCUUCAUUAGUUUAGACUGUGGAUUACCAGAGGGUACAAGUUACACCGAAAAGACGACCAAAAUUAACUAUGUUUCUGAUGCAUCCUUCAUAAACACUGGGGUUAGUCGAAGUGUUGAUUCAGCUUAUGUAGAUUUAGAUAUCUAUGAAAUGCAAUUGAGGAAGCUGAGAAGCUUCCCUGAUGGAAUCAGAAACUGUUACAAUAUAAGCAUUAAAAGGGCCACCGAAUACUUGAUUCGAGCAAGUUUCUUGUAUGGCAAUUAUGAUGGUCUGGAUUCGCCACCGAUGUUUGAUCUCUAUAUUGGGAAUAGCUUAUGGGAGACAUUCAACGGAACUGGAGAUGACAUGGGUGUUUUCAUAGAACUUAUACAUGUAACCUCCUCAAAUGAAAUUCACAUCUGUCUGAUCAAUACUGGAAAUGGAGUGCCAUUUAUUUCUACAUUGGAAUUUAGACCUUCGUUCAACAUCACUUAUUAUACAUCAACGGCAUCCUUAUCACUUUUUGCUCGAUUGGACUACGGCUCAGCAGAUGGUCAAUAUUACAGAUUCCCUUUGGAUGUUUAUGACCGCAUUUGGUUAUCAUAUCACUCUAACGAUUCGACACGAGUAAGCACCAAUAUUACUCUCAAUAGUGAGGACUACGGUUUCCAACUUCCAUCCAUUGUCAUGAGUACUGCCUCCACUUCAAAAGAUGCAAGCACGACUUUGGAGAUUUCGUGGGAUACAAUAGAUUCAUCUCAAUACUUUGUGAUUAUGCACUUUGCUGAACUUGAGAUUCCUCAAGUCAAUCAAACCAGAGAGUUUACUAUCUGGCACAAUGGAAACUUAUAUUCUAGAGCUAUAAUUCCAGAAUAUUUGUCCACGAUGAGCUUUUUGUCUCCAAAGCCAUUGAAGGCAGCAAGUAGUCAUUUCCUUACUUUCGUUCCAACUGAGAAUUCAACGCUUCCUCCUAUCAUCAAUGCUUUUGAAUUAUAUGGAAUGAAAGAAAUAUCAGAGUUAGAGACAGACCAAGGAGAUGUGGAUGCAGUUACCAAUAUUAGGUCAAAUUAUGGAAUAAAGAAGGAUUGGCAAGGCGAUCCAUGUGUGCCAAUGGAAUACACUUGGAGUGGAUUAAAUUGUAGUAACAAAACUGCUCCAAGAAUCAUAUCCUUGGACCUAUCUGGAAGUGGACUGGUAGGUGAGAUAUCUUCUUACAUAUCAAAUCUAACCAUGUUGCAAAUUUUGGAUUUGUCCAAUAAUGGGUUGACUGGAGAGAUACCGGAAUUCUUAGUAAAUUUGCCUAAUCUAAGAAUCCUUUCUUUAACCAGAAACAAGUUCACAGGCUUAAUUCCCAAGGUUCUCUUGCAAAGAGCUGAAGCUGGAUUGCUUAUAUUAAGUGUGGGUGAAAAUCCAGAUCUUUGUACAUCACUUAAAUGUGAUAACAAGAAGAAGAAGAAGAAUAAGAGGAACAAGUACUUGGUUCCUGUAAUUCUCGCCAGCAUAAUAGCUGUGUUCCUACCUAUCCUUAUAAUUACUCUAGUAAUCUACAAAAGGAGAAAACAAAGAGAGAAUCUCAAAAGAUCAAUCCAAGAAAGGUUACUUAAGUCGAAGAACCAACAAGUUCAUUACUCUGAGAUAUUGGUUAUCACAGAUAACUUUAAGACAACUCUUGGGGAAGGAGGAUUUGGAAAAGUAUACUUGGGUGUACUUAGUGAUAAAACCCAAGUUGCUGUCAAGUUGCUGUCUUCAAUAUCACAGCAAGGCUACAAUGAAUUCAGAGCCGAGGCUCAAAUACUAACAGUUGUUCAUCAUAGAAAUCUGGUUUCUCUUGUUGGUUACUGUGAUGAAGCUGAGAAUAAGGCACUCAUUUAUGAAUUCAUGGGCAACGGAAAUUUAGGCAAUCUCCUAUCUGAUUCAAGCGCAAAGGUGUUGAGUUGGAUGGAAAGACUCCAAAUUGCAGUUGAUGCAGCACAAGGAUUAGAAUAUUUACACAAUGGUUGCGUGCCGCCUAUCAUUCACAGAGAUAUUAAGUCUUCUAAUAUCCUAUUGAAUGAAAAAAUGCAAGCUAAAAUAUCUGAUUUUGGACUGUCCAGAGUAUUUGCAAAUGAAAAUGAUACUCAUUUCUCCACAUGUCCUGCUGGCACCUUCGGUUACGUCGACCCUACGGUUCAUUUAUCUAGAAACUUCAUCAAGAAAAGUGAUGUUUACAGCUUUGGAAUUAUAUUGCUUGAGCUGAUCACUGGACAUCCUGCCAUAAUCAAGAGCUCUGAAGUGAACACUCACAUAGUUGAUUGGGUUAAGCCUCUGAUUGCAGAAGGGAACAUCGAAAACAUUGUCGAUCCGAGGUUAGAAGGCUCCAUUGAAAGUUGUUCUGCAAAGAAAUUUGUGGAGCUUGCUCUAUCGUGCACAUUGCCAACUUCAGCUGGAAGGCCUGACAUGAGUAAUGUGGUGUUACAACUUAUUGAGUGCUUGGAGAUUGUUCAAGACAGAACUCCACAAAUUCCACCUAACAAU